CCCGAAACAAUGCUGUGGCUGCUGGUGUUUCUCUCAGCCGCGUCGGUGCUGGCAGGCCACUCGUCGUUCGCACCCCUGUGCGCCUUGACGAAUGAGGGCGACAGUCUGCCUUCCGCGGCCAUGCUCACUGCAGUUGGUGGCCCUGAUGAGCCGCAGAGCCCCACAUACGACAGACCGCCUCCAAAAGACCAAACACAAGGCGGACAAAGCAUGGUGAGCCGUGCAGACAGACAGACAGACAGACAGACGACUGCAUGCGCUUGGUGUGAGUGGACGAUUGAUUCAUUUGCAGUGUCCCAUGGCUCUGGCGGACAUCGCCGACAACGUGCGUGACGUCAAUCGGCGGCUCAAGACAUUGCUCUUCAUCUGUCUUGGCUCGGUCGUCUGCUACGUCAUCCUGCUGCUCACAUGGGUGCUGUCGCCAUUCUUCCCUCCCCCAAGGACCCCCCUGUUCCGCACAGCGGUGCAGAGGGACUCCAUCGCCUCGGAAGCGUCGGCUGAACGGGGUGCCGGUGGGGGGAGGCAGUCACGGUCCUACUCGAUCGUGCCGGCACCUGAAGACGGCUAUGUGGACAAGAUGACAUUCCCCGCGCGGCUGCAUCUGCCGGCGUUUUGCUGUCUGUUGGUGGUGAAUGUGCUGAUGCUCAUCACACUUGCGUCGAGGCUGCAGCCGUACCUGUGGAACGGGAUAUCCUUCUCGCUUGAUGCGAGGGACGACAAGCUGAGGAAGGAUCUCAUCCGGGGCUUCAGAUGGACUCAUCGAUAGUGAGGCUGGAGGGAAGAGAGGAGACGCACACGAUCCCGCCAUGCCAUGGAUCGUUUGCUUGUAUGCGUUGUGCAGCUGUGUCAUGGAGACGGCCCUGCAGUUGCUCGCUGAGUUCUCCGGCCUCCUCUGGUAACUAACGAGGGCCGUCAGUGCACCAAAUAGGUGUCCUUUCUUAUCUCUUUUUCUUUUCGUUUGCUGAUGUUGGUAAGGAUUGCGAUGAUUGGGUUCAACAUGACGCUGCUGCUGCACUUCCGAGGCGACGAGAUCGACCUCGGCAGCAUCAGAUGCCUAGAACUCUCCUACCACGCGUGAGCCAUCUAGAAUCCCUCUUUGCGUCAUCUCUCUGUCUGCGUGCGUUCUAUUCAGUGUCAUUUGGUCGCUGGGCCUGUUGGGUGCGAUCUUCGUCCUCGUGCAUCACUACGGCGCCAUCAGGGUCGUUGCCUUGUGAGCGGCAGACGAGCCCCCAGUUCUGCAAUCGACGUAUGUCGUGUGUGUAUUGGGAUGCAGCUGCGGCAUCGACUCUCCCGAGUGGCUUCGGCUGACGGUCUAUCAGAUCCUCCCCAUCGUCGUCAGAUCACUCAUGCUCAUAUCCAUGCUCAGUAAGUAUACCAACCAGCCACCCUCCCUCCCUCCCUCCCUCCCUCCCACCCUCCCACAAAUCCCUUGCCCCUCCCUCCCUCCCUCCCUCCCUGUGUCAGUUGUGGGCCACUACCUCAUCAGUGAAACAUGCCGCAACAUGCGAGAAAAGCGCCGAGGCACGACUACAGCAAUGGUGACCGCCCAGCCCGACCACAGCAGCAUGCCCGCCCCGGUGGAAGGGCAAGGGCCACGGGACGAUCAAGGGGGGGAGGAGGGCAGCGCUCCCGUGACAGAGAGCGACUCGGUAGACGUGACGGCCGACUGGCAGGGGCGAGUAGAGGAGCCAGGGAGGCGGCGCAGGUGUCUGGGCAGCUACCGGUACCACCCUGACAAAUAUGCACCCAUAAUCCGAUGCUGGGCUCUGCUGCUGCUCUUUGGUCAGUCAGUGGGUUUGGUGGGCGGGGGGGGGUGGGUGAGGAAGACAGACACGGUUUCAUUUCAUCGAUGCAUCCAGAGACACACGAGUGUCUCCUUCGUUCGCGCGGCUGUGUAUGUCAGGCAUUGGAUUGCUGUCGCACGAGAUCGUGUCACUGGCGAAAUAUCUCAUGUAGGCUCCGUUCUGUUUCUCUUUCCCUGUGAGCAGCCACGCAUGUCUUUGGUGUGUCUGUGGGCGUGGCGUAGGAUGGAGUUCGGAUCAGACGAGACCAUCGAUGUCAAACAGCUAUUCGCCGUCGCAACUGGGUACCGUACGUAUCGCAUGUCUGGGCGCUGAAGGGACGACGCUCUUGCACGCCUCUCCUCCCCUCUGCGCGUGUGUGUGAGGGCAGGUACCUGUAUUUGAUGUGUUUCGGCAUUACGACGGACAACUUCCGCCUGUGGGGCCGCAUACUCACGUGCAGAUACAGCAAGCCCGGCGGCGGGGGGGACUUAUAGCAUGGGAAGCAUAAUAGAUGUGAGAACGACUUGGGGGCGAGACAUGACCUACUUGUCUGUGUGUGUCUGUGGUGCAUUCAUGGCUUUCUUGAUAAUACGAUCC